AUGGAAGAUUCCAUUAAUGAAAAUCUAGGGGAAAAAAUCCAAACCCUAGAUGAAUCAAACAUACAAAAAGAUUAUGCUAGUUCUGUUGAAAACUCGUUAGGUGAAGAAGAGUUAUUCUCCGAUCAUCUAGAAUCGACCAAAGAAACUAUUGGUGUUGAAGAGAAAGAGGAUGAAGUCGUUUUAGAUGUCAUCCAAUGUAUUUCCGAGGAACCAAUUAAUGUUGUUGGUUUUGAUUCCACUGAGUACUUCACCACAAAUAAGACAUUUAGUUCAAAAGAAAAUGUUACAGAGUGGUGUCGCGAGAUUGGUAGUCAAUACAACAUAGUUGUUGUGAUUAAAAAAGGGGUGAAUAAGAAUGAGAAUCAUGGUGGAAAGGGUUCCGCCAUUGUACUUGGAUGCGAGAGAGGUGGCAAAUACAGAAAACGUAACUGUACAGUGAGUCCUUCUAAAUGUAGGAAAGGAACUGCAACAAAAAAAUGUGGAUGUCCUUUUAAGUUGCGGUCGACUUGUGUAGAUGCUUCGAAAUGGAAUUUGAUUGUCAAAGAUGGACACCAUAACCAUGCUCCAGCAGAUACACUUUUGGGGCAUUCGUUCGCCGGUAGACUCUCAGACGAAGAAAAACAAUUUGUUAUAAAAUUCCACGAACACGGUAUGCCACCAAGACAGAUUCUCAUUGCUUUAAGGGAAAAUUUUAAAAAGAACGCUUCAACUUUGAAGACCAUUGACAACUGCAUACAAAAACAUAGGGUAUUCGAAAGAGCGGGUAGAACAAGAAUGCAACUGCUUCAUAAGUACCUGGAUGAUUCCCAUUAUGUAACAUGGAAUAGGCAAAAUUCUGAUACAUGUGAGGUGACUGAUAUCUUCUGGGCACAUCCAGAGUCAACAUUAUGUGCUCAAUGUUUUCAUUCUGUGGUGAUUAUUGAUUGUACAUACAAGACAAAUAGAUGGAAGAUGCCUUUGUUUCAUGCGGCGGGUAUGACAUCUAUGGGCAAGAAAUUUUCUAUUGCUUUUGCAUUUAUGAGCGCCGAGCUAACAGGAAACUAUGAAUGGGCCUUGCAACAUCUGAGAUCACUUUACUCUCCAACAAACCUACCUUCUGUUAUUGUCACCGACAACGAACAAGCUUUGAUUAACGGUAUUGGUAUUGUUUUCCCUGAUGCAAGAGGAUUAUUAUACAAGGGCAAAGUUAGUAAAGAAGAUGGAGAAGAAGAAGAGGAUCCUAUAAAGGAUUUAGAAGAUGAUUGGAGGCGCAUUGUUAGGAUGGAAACAAUACCUUUAUUCAACAUGGGGUUGGAAUCCUUCGUACGGAAAUAUGAGAAACGGUAUCCUGAAGCAAUCAAAUAUAUUUAUGAGAGUGUACUUGUCAAUAAGGAAUUUUUCGCAUAUGCAUGGACUAAUGAAGUUAAACAUUUUGGAACCCGGACUUCUAAUCGUGUAGAAGGUGCACAUAGUGUCUUAAAGCGAUUUUUGGGAAAUAGUCAAGGUGGAUUUGUUGAGUGCUGGCAGCAAAUGCACAAGAUGCAUGAAUCUCAACUGGUGACUAUCAAAGCCAAAUUUCAACAAACUUUAACCUUCAUGAAGCAUGAUCACAGAAUAGACGAUUUCAAGAGUCUACAUUGCCAUAUCUCGCAGUACGCCUUAGAUUUCAUCAUCUCUGAAAUAAAAAGAUUGGAAAAGUCGAGAAGUAUUGCCGAAAAUUUGUGUGGAUGCAUUCUACACAAGACGCAUGGCCUACCUUGUGCCCACAUGAUAUCUGAAUAUCGGAAUCAGGGUAAACCCAUCCCACUUUCUUCUAUCGAUUCGCAAUGGAGGCAGAUUAAUUUAUUUCCACAUGUUUCUCGUUCAAAUGUUGUGUAUGAUUAUCUGCCACAGUUAGAGAUUUUAAGAAGAAAGUGGUAA